AUGCUGUCUAAUUUCACAUAGAAUAUCGUUUGCCUCUAAACGUGGUGCUGGCUCUGGCUCUGAUGAUACCAACAGGUGGAAGAAAAUGGCAGACUCAAUGGAGUCAACACCCCUGCCUUCAGUCGAGGAUCGCCUGGCUGUCCUGUGCCCUUCUCAGGAGCUUCUGAAGUACUACCAGAAGAAGAUGGCAAACUGUGAGUCUGAGAAUGAAGACCUGCUGAAGAAGCUAGAGCUCUACAGAGAAGGUUGCGAAGAGCAGCAUAAACUUGAGUGGGACUUGCAGCAGAGGGAGGAAGAGAUUGCAGAAUUGCAGAAAGCUCUGAGUGAUCUGCAGGUCUGCCUCUUCCAGGAAAGGGAACAUGUUUUACGACUCUACUCAGAAAAUGACCGACUAAGAAUCAGAGAACUGGAAGACAAGAAAAAGAUUCAGAAUCUGUUAGCUCUGGUGGGCCCAGAUGCCGGUGAAGUGACCUAUUUUCAUAAGGAGCCUCCCCACAAAGUGGAAGCACUUGAGGCGCAGCUGGGAGAGCAGACAAAGCUUUCGAGAGAGCAAGUGGAGGGGCUCAUGGAGGACAGACGGAUCCGAGUCGAGGAGAUCCAAGUUCAGCACCAGAGAAACCAAGAGAAAAUCAGGGAGCUGACCAAGAGGUGGGGACUCAAGAAAUACCAUCCUAACGGGCAUCCUGUUUUUCUGAAUGGUUUAAGAGAUGGCUCAGCUGUUGCAACCAUGAACAACACCCAUGGAGAUCAGGACCUGGCCAUGCUCUGUGAAGUCCGUGACAGCAACAGGAGAGCUCAUAAGAUACAGGGGGAACUGAAGAACCUCAAGUCUAAAGUGUUCGGGCUGGAGAAUGCGCUUAGGCUGUGCUGAUGGCUCCUUUCAGGGUUGGCUUCUGGAGACCUGAGACAAGGUCAUCUGUGCCCACAAAGUGGACCUGGAGUUGUCCAGAGUAGUGGCAUCAAUUUUAAUAAAGAUGGUGUUAAGGGCAUGAUAGCUCACACCUAUAAUCCCAGGGCUUGGGAAUCUGAGGCAGGAGGAUUGCCACAAACCCAUGGUACAGGCAGGUGGAUCUCUGUNAUUCAUGGCCAGCCUGAUCUACAAUAGUGCCUUCUAGGCCAUCCAAGGCUAUUUAAUGAGACCCUGUCUACAAAAACAAAAAUAAAACAUCAAAACCAGAGAGGAAAGAAGGAAAACAAUGGCAAACCUGGCUCUGGCACAGCUGCCCUGGCAGACUGCCAUCUCACCAUCCUGCUAGCCUUGUCUUUUAUAUACUGACAGGCUUUUCUGUCUUUAAAAAAUCAGUGAUGGGGAUGUAGCUUAUCUGGUGAAGUGCUGUCAAGCAUACAGAAAGCCCNGGUCCUGCUAGCUCCCCUAAAGCCAGGUUUGGUGGCUCACCUGUAGUCAGCACUGGAGAGAGCCCACGUGGGAGAUCUGAAGUUCACAUUCCCCCUUGGCUAGAUGGUGAGUUCCNGGCCAGCCUGGGCUACACAAGACCACGUCUAAAAAUGAAAACAAGAAACAAACAAACAUACAAAAAAGAAAAUAACUUAGGAAGAGCCAUUUUGCUGAGCUUGCUAAGUGUCAGUGGGAGAAUGUGUUUCCUGAAGACCAAAGUCAUUCACUGAAGUCAUUCACUCAGGAAUUACAUACACCUGGAAAGAUUCACAGACUUAGCUGCGUUCCGAGUUACUGACCACCAGGGGGCAGCAUAGCCCUUUCAUCAAGAAAAGGGUGCUACUUUNUGUACANUGGGCCAAACCAAAAUGAUAUUUUAUGUGAAAAANUUUGACAUUUUAUCCAUAGUUUUAAAAUUCAAAUUAAGUAUUUUCAAUAAAAUGU